GAAUUGCUAAUACGCAUGCGCAGGCUAUUGUUUUCUUUCUAACAGUUGGUCGACGUAGAACUCAAUAUUUCUUUGUGCGACAAUCGACACGGUUUUAAAAGACUGGAAAAAAUUAGAAGAUUGAUUUUACUACCUGAUUCGUUAAGAAAUUUUUCAAAAUGGCGUGCUCCCGUCUAGAGGAGAGCGAUUUGGACUCUUUGUUGUCUGAAUUAUCAGAAGAAGACGAGAGUAAACAAAUGUGCAGCUUAAUGCAAAUAUGUCAGGUAUUGCGAAAUCUAUAAUAUUUUAGAGCUAAUUCCUUAUUUUGCACGUGUAUAAUAUAUGUAAUUGAUUAGUAAUCUAAUGACUGACGAGGUGUUGCGUAAUAAUCACUAAUGAGUAAAGCGAAGACCAUCAUGUUUUUACAUGCCCUUAUUUUUAUAUCAUCAGCAUAUUGGAGAAAAAAAUUUUCCAUUCGCUAUUUUACCUAUAAAAUGUAAUUUACAAAAGAAAGGAAUAAAGUGCGUUAGAUUCUUAUAUAAAAUAGUAUUCCACGUCUUUGUUAGAAUAAAUAAACAAGUCUUUAUCUAGCUUAGUCCGGGAGAGAUGUAUCGUUUUCUGUUAUCAAUAAAAACCUUUUUUUUCUAAGUGUUCUAUUUUGUUUUUAAAACUUGAAAUCUAACAGUAAAACACUAGAUUUUUUAGUUAAAAAACACGGCAUUUAAAAAAAUACUUGGAUAUUUAGAUGUUCAAUAAUUUCUCUAUCAGCUGACGGUUUUUUUUUCUUUUUAAGCGAUAUAUUGUAUAUUUCGUGCAUUUUUACAAGCUGUUAUUUAUUUCAAUAAUAAGUUUUCCUGUCUUAUGUUAACUGCACCUGCAAAGUAGAAGAGGCAGUAAGCAUGUUUCUUGGUAAAGGUCUAACUGAUAUAUCUUUCUUCUCUCUUUGUUCUGUUCUUAUUGACCUUCAGUAGGCCUAUAUUUUUUUGAAAAUAUAUAUAUUCUCAGUCCUACUUUGUAUUUUAUCUAUUUUUUUUUUUGCCUAAACAUGAAAUUGUGUUGUUAUUUUUUUUUUGUUUAUAUUGUAUUCACUUGUGCAACAUAAUUUAUAAAUAGAAACUAUAGGUAUUACAAAGAUCACGGGUGAAAAAAAUCGUAUUAUAGUUAAAAUACUAUAUUACGCCCUUGUUGUGUAACGCAGUAGAAGUAGGGAAGAGAAAGAGAAAAAAAAUCGAUGACUCAUUUUUUUUUGUACAGAUGAUAGCUAUGGGGAACGAAGAGAACCUAUCGACCAUCACCGUCCGAAAGAUCAUAGUCCGACUUAUCGAGUUUUUAAAAUCCAAUCAAACCAACUUCGAAAUAAUUAAUCAUGCUUGCCGAAUCCUUUCGUAUAGUCUAGAGGCAUUACCUUCUUCUUCGUCUAGUGUGGUCGAAGCUGUUCCUAUGCUACUGGAAAAGCUUUAUACAGUUAAUUGCGCUGACGUUGCCGAACAGAUAAUCAAAACCCUAGACGAUCUAUCUGUGAAAUAUGGUCGAAAGUUGGUCGAUUACGGUACUAUAGAUGUCUUAAAUUACAUUGACUUCUUCCCCCUGCACACUCAGAGAAGGAUCAUGAAGAUCGUCUCCAAUUGUUGCUCUAAUGUUUACUCAGCUCAAUGGAAUACAGUAAGCUCAUCUCUACCAUUACUCUCAGCCAGGUUAAACCCGGAACACGAUCCUAAAUGCGUUGAAUAUUCUGUGGAAUGUUUUACCCAUCUAGUCCAGAACGUCAAAAAUGACGAAAAAUUGUUAAACGAAAUUGCGACGGACAGUUUCCUAUUGAAUUUUCAAUUGGCAUUAACGAACGAAUCUCAAAUGGUCUUCGAGGACGUUUUUAAAACCUUCUCGAUUUUAACCUCAAUCAGCACACAAUUGGCAGUAAAACUCCUACGUCAUGACAUACAUAAAACCAUAAAGCAACAAUUAACCUCCAAGAACCGCCAAAGAUCGCCCCAGCAAAUUCUUCUCGUGUUGUCACUUAUUGACAAACUUUUACCGGAAGUUCCUCGACAAGGCUUAUUCGCUAUAAACGAAUGUCUUUCUUCUGAUGCUAACUUUUGGUCGUGGCAUUGGCAAGAUGACGAUGGAAGCUGGAGACCCUAUUCAAAAAAAGAGAACGACUGUAUUAACGCCGGAAGCGGAGUUGGCGAAGAAGUUUUAACAGUCACGAUCUAUGGCAAAUCAUAUACAAUCGACCUAGUCAGGAAAAUCCAAACAAAUGACGAAAGCGGUACAAAAAGACCUAUAAGAAAUUCUUCAGUUAGUCCAAAACGCAACAAGGAAGAGGAAUCGACAGCAAAGAGAUUUAAAGCUGAUUUAAUAUAUGAAAAUGACAGUCUAUACUCUGAUUUUAUAAGGACAUUAUUUCCCUGCAUUUAUCUUUUAUCUGUUACGACUUUCUGUAGAAGACUAGAGGAGAAAUGCUCCGAGCUGAUGCUUAAAAUGGUCUUUUACGCUUCGGCACAAUUAUUAUCCGAAGUUGUCAAAGGUACUGGAAUAUGUAGACGGUUGUCAAUCAUGUUGGCAAGAAAAUCAGUUAAAUGCAAUAUAGAAGCUAUUCAGAUUUGCCAAUGUCUGCUUGAUAAAGCAGCAACCGAUUUCAAAGAAGAACUUGUUAGGGAAGGAGUUCUAUUUUGCUUAUCAAGUUUACGGCGAACCCCUAUUAGACAUCCAAAGCCAAAUAAUAAACCAAAGGUUCCAAUUAAUGAAAAGAAGAAAAAGUUUCUGUCAACACUCUACCCUAGCCGUUGGCACAAGAAUAAAACGCCUAGAGAAGAACCAGUGGAAAUGGAUAUAGAGGAUCAAGACUCAAAAAUGAACGAUUGGAUUGCUAAGCAAACUAAUUCGAUUGUUACAGGAUUCUUUUAUAAUCCCCCUCAAAAUCUCGUUUUAAAUAAUCUAUGCAGAGCGGUGGAAAGGUGGAAUUUAGAAGAGAUUUCAGAUAUGAUACACAAGAACGAUGCUACACCGUUUGAGAUAGAAAAAAGUGAUCUUAUCGAAAAAUUGGCAGAUUUCUUUUGUUCACCAACUACUGAUAACGGGUUAUCGAUUUUCUUAAGAAUCUUUAAUUUUGACAAACUCUCCUCUUUAAUUUCUAGUCUCAAUGAAUGCUUUUAUCGUAAAUUGGUCAUAGAACGUUCAAAGUCUGAUGAAAUUCGAUCUCUUUCACGUCAGAACAUAAGAAUUGAGUUGAUUCCUAUCGAUAAAGAUACAGAAUCUUUUAAAGGAAAAGUGACUGUUGAGUGUUCAGCGACUGCUCGUUCUUUGGAAAGGUUUAUCUUCAGGAAUACUUCGAAUCAUGUAACUGCCAAGCCUAUUGCCUUAUUCGAACGACCGACUAUCGAAUUCUUACACGAUGAUCGUGUCCUUCCAACUCAUUUAACAUUAUUUGAUGCUCUACCCCAGGACGAAAUCUUCACAAAGACUCACCAGAUCCGCUAUAGAAAGUCUAUAGACGUAAUUGUGAAAGCUGACAAGAUACCUAUUGUUCUUUACUCUAUAUGGACACACGUCUGCAAAACAGGAAUUGUUCCGAAUUAUUUGUUCCUCUCUUCCAAAUUAACUUCCUCAGUUCGUUAUGUUUUGUCAGAUAGUGAACAACUGCCGUCAUGGCUAUUAAAGAUUUCAUCGUCGUUCCCCUUUGUUUUACCCUUUGAUCUCCGAAAAUCUUUGUUCUAUUUGUUAUCUUUUGAAACGAAAUCUCAGCGUUCCUCUAAGGUCAAGCAAAUUGUUGAUCGUAACAGAAUUUUAGACGAAGCGAAAAAGAUCAUCAUUGAAAAUUCCAAUUCUUCCAUUUCACUGGACAUCGAAUUCCAGGAAGAGGUGGGAACUGGGCUUGGUCCUACUCUUGAGUUUUUCUCUUUAGUUAGUAAUGAUUUACGGAAGAUUGAAUCUAUUUGGCGGCCUAGUCAAAGCCUAUUUCCAUCUCCUAUAGGAGAGGAUGACGAACCUGAUGAUCUCUUCGAAUUUAUCGGAAAGUUUCUUGGUAAAUCUUUGGCCGACCAUAAAAUAAUAGAUUUGCCAUUCUCCUCUGUAUUUUAUAAAUGGCUAUUGGGAAUGGAGAAUGAGUUGACUUUUGAAGAUUUAAAAUAUCUCGAUCCUGAUUUAGCUGAUAGUUGUUCAAAAUUAAAAAAUAUGGAUCCAAAAGACCUCCGGAAAUUGGAAGUUGAUUUUACACUCCCAGGUUAUGAGAAUAUUGAACUCAAGCCCAAUGGUCAACAUAUAAUAUUAGAUUCUUCAAACAUAUCUGAAUAUUUGAACCUCGUUGUUGAUUGGACGCUGAGAAGAGGAGUCAGUAGACAAAUGAAUGCAUUAAGGCACAAUUUAAACAUAAUAUUACCAGUGUCAAAUUUAAGAUUAUUUUAUCCGAAUGAAUUAGAAUCUCUGUUUUGCGGUGAUCAAUACGCUCCCUGGAGUUCUAAGAUGUUGAAUGAAUGCACCAAAGCGGACCAUGGUUAUACACAUAAUUCACCAGCUGUUCAAAAUCUUAUAGAAAUUUUGACAACUUUUGAUCUUGUACAACAAAGAGCUUUCCUUCAGUUCGUAACAGGUAGUCCAAGAUUACCAUUCGGAGGUUUCAGAUCACUUUCUCCACCGCUCACAUUUGUGGAGAAGGUCGUUUACGAAAGCCCCGAUAAGUAUCUUCCCUCUGUUAUGACGUGUGCUAAUUACCUAAAAUUACCUAACUAUUCAACUAUUGAUAUUAUGCGCGAAAAAGUAACGGUGGCUAUAAAUGAAGGUCAAUUUUCGUUCUAUUUGUCUUAAAAGCAUACUGAUUUAUAUACAUUUGCUUUUCAUGUACAAUACAUGUGUUUUAAAAAUAAAACAUACAAGUACAAUCUUUAAAUAUACUGUAUAUUUAAUAUUGUAAUACCACCUUAUUACAAGAAUUGGUGUACAAAUGUAACUUAUUAGUAUUACUUAUUAUUUUUUUUGUUUUCGUAUUUGUUUUGUAAUACAAAUUUAUUUUCUCUUUGGUGUCUAAUUAUCAUUAUAUGGUU